AUGGUCGCCGUCACCACCUUCGUCUCCAGCUUCACGUCCUCCCCGUCGUUCUGCACCGUGAAAUCGUACUUGUUCUUCCCCUCCGUUGCUAGCGUGUUCAUCACGCCGUUGCUCGAUCUCAGCAUCCCCAGCGAAUUGUACACCGGCACGCCGUGGUACAGCAAGAGCGACGUCUUCCCGUCGCCGCUGAGGUUCCUGUACCGCGGCCCGAACGACCGGAGGGCCUCGUCGGACGGGCAGAAAACGGUGAGCCCUGCGGCGACGCUCUGUGAGAAGGUCUCCCCCGCGCCCUCCGCGGUUAUCAGAUCUGAGAACGCCUUGCACCCCUGCCUCGCCAUUAGAGAUGUGAGGUUCAGAUCUGACGGCGAGGAGACCGGAGCCUCCGCCUCCGGCGAGCUCCUUUACGGAUCUGACGAAGGUCGCCAUCGGGGGGGCGGCGCCGCCGUCGAUGGAAGAGUCGUCGACGGGGGAGAAGCCGACCUUCCCGCCCUUGAUGUCGGUGAUGUUGACGUAUCCGGAGGUGCCGGCGGCCUCGCCGGUGGCCUGGAAGAGGGAGGAGGUGGUGGUGGAGCCCUUGGAGAUCUGGUGGAGCUUCUUGGAGCCGAAGUAGUCGGCGAAGAUGUGGAGGGAGAGGAUGUUUUUGAUGGUGGGGAGGGGAUAGUGGUGGGCGAGGAGGUCGGACAUGGCGGCGUUGUCGACGGCGCAGACGGUGAUGGUGCGGCGGCGGUUGAUCUCGGCUGCGAGGUGGGUCGCGGUGAGGUAGUGGUUGAAGGUGGAGAGGUCGGGGUGAUCGGCGAGGAUGCGGGUGAUGUUGUGGGCGCGGACGGUGGACACGGCGGCGCCGGCGAGGAUGAGAAGGACGGCGAAGGCGGUGGAGAGCUGCUCCAUUUUUUGUCCACUACUAAACGAUUAGAACUUGUGAGAGAAGCAUCAAGUGUACUGCAUAUUUGUGAUAUCACUAUGAAUCUAUUAGAUACCUUAUAG